AUGCAGGCUCUUCUCCUUCUCGCCCUCGUUCCAGCCGUACACGCGCAGCUGCCGCUGGCGCGCCUCGAGCAGCAGCACCUCGACCGCCUCGCUGGCCUUGAAGAUGCGGUGCCGCGCGGUGGGCGUGUCGCGCUCCAGCGCCGACGUCUCGGCCACCAGCUCGACCGCCAGGCUGUCCGUCAUGAGGAAGCGGUCAAACCCAUCGCCGGCCGCGUCCUUGCGCGCACCACCGCCUGCGGCGCUGUGGAAGAGCGGCCGCAGCACGCGCAGCAUCACGCACAGGCCGACGUAGUCGCCCGUCUUGCGGAACGAGUGCAGCACGAUGCGGCCCAGCGCCUGGUAAAAGGCAAUCGACCGCGUGUCCUGGGCGCUGCCCUUGCCAAUCUCCGACGCAUAGGCCGACGUCUCCGUCUUGAACGCGACGGGUGCCAGCUUGACCAUGUCGGCCGCCAGCUGGCGGCAGUCGGCGCCGGCCGCCCGGCGGUCGUCGUCCGACAUCAUGCGGAACACGGUGCGGUGCACGGCGAGCGACUUGAAGAGGACGAGGAACGUGUGCGCGUUGGGCUCGAUGCGCUGGGGGCCCAGCACGAGGUCCCGGUACAGCGCGCGCGCCUCGUCGGACCGUCCUUCGUGCACGUACGACUCGAGCAGCUGGUUCAUCAUGAACGCGUCGGUCGACGCCAUCUCGCACGCCCGGAACGCCUCCCACAGCCGCUCCAGCUGGGCCAGCUGGCCACGGUUCUUGUAGUUGUCCGCCAUGAGCGCAAACGUCUCGAGCGUGGCACGCGGCACAAACGUCAGGUCGGCGCCGUCUGUCGUCGCCGCCGCCGCCGCCGCCGCCGCCGCCGCCUCGUCCUUUGUGAAGCCACCCACGCGCAGCUUGAGCGGCCAGUCCAUCUGCUGCUCGCGCCGCCGCAGGUCCACAAACAGGCGCCGCGAUUCCACCAUGCGCCACGCGAGCACGUCGGCGCGCUCCUGGUUGGCCGCCGAUCCCGAGCGCAGCCAGGCACCCAGCAGACCGUUGACCUGCACCGACGCCGUCAUGAUGCCGCGCGCCUGCAUAAAGUGCAGGACGCGGUAGGCGCCGUCGAGGUCGCCGGCGCCGAUGAGCCGCUUGAGCCACUUGCCAAAGAAGAAGUGGUUGGCCACGGCCGACGGCAGUUUCUUGGGCCGCGUGCGCUGCUGCUGCAGCUGCUGUUGGUGCAGAUCCAAUGCGCCGGAGAACAUCAUGUCGACAAAGACGUCGAAGGCGUACUCGGUAUGGUUGGCCGUCAGGAAGCAGGAGACGACCUCGUCGUAGUCCUCAAUCUUCAUACCGCCGUCCUGUUUCUCGAGCUCGUCGAGCAGGUCCCGCAGUCGCCGGUACGUCGCCCAGGCCUUGUCCUUGGAGCCCUGCGCAGCUGCGUUGCGGAUCAGCCCAAAGAGAACGCGCGGGUCGCCGUGUCUUUUGAUUGUCUCGCCGUGGCUCGCUGCUUGUCGGAGAAGGUCCUGCAGGUCGUCGCUAAAGAGCCGGUCGGCGGCCCGCUCGGCCCGAUCCAGGUCGCCCUGCUGCGAGCACAUGCGCACGCCCAGCUCCCAGUAGGCGGCUGCCGUCGCCGGGCGCGCACCGAGUGUCGCCGCGCCACGUCGCCAGUUCUCGAGCGCGGCUGCCGGCCAUCCCUCGAUAAACAUGGCCUCCAUGGCCAGCAGCUGCUGCUCGUCCGUCAGCGGCACGCCCGCCGCCUGCAUGUCCUUGGCCAGAUAGUAGAUGUGCGACAUGCGCCGUGGAUUGCGCACGCCGCUGCCCUUUUUGCGUCCCACGCCAGAACCUCCCAGAGACAACUCCACACGGCCGGCGGGAUGUUGGACCACGCCUCGGCCAGCCCUGUCCGCGCAGCACCAUACCGGCUCCACAGCGCCGUGAUAAUCUUGCUGUCGACGCCGCCGCUCGGCGUCUUGUUCUUGUUCUCCAGCCGCCGCGCCGCCGGCCGCAGAACGCUGUUGAGAUUCUUGACGUGCCGCCGCGCAUUGGUCGACAGGCCCGUGUCGUCGAUCCGCACGGCGGACGUGCCUGACGUCUCCGACGCGUCGGCUUCUUCGUAUGCCGCGUCGGCCGUGGUCUGCAGCGCCUCCUCCUCCUCCACCGCCUUGAUCAUGGCGUACUUCCGCCGCAGCCGCACCGUUCGUCGCCUUGUCGGCCCGCCCCGCUGCUCCAGGUCCUUCAUCAGCGUCGACGUUUCCUUGAGCCGUUCCUCGAGCUCCGCCAGCUCCGCCUCCGCCUCGUCGCCGAUCGAGCUGCGGUUGCUCACGUGCCGGAUCGUCCCGUCACUCUGCUGGUCAAAGAAGCGCACCGUCACAUCCUCGUCGCGUCCGUACUGGUGUGUUGGGUCGUUGCUCGACGCCCGCUGCAGGUCUUCGAGGGUCGGGAUCUCGACUAUUGGGUCCGGUCGGGGCACCGGCGUAGCUCGUAGCGGGGGCUGCCGCUGUGACGCCGCCGACGGCCGGCUAUCGCCCCUCCGCAGCCGGCCGCGCGCAGCCGCCGUAUGUCGAGACAGCGUACGCACAGCUAUGGUCGUCGUCGGUGUGCUUGUCGGUGUCGUUGUCGUCGCUGUCGCCGUCGUCGCUGCCCAUGGCGGCCGCGUGGGUCGCCGCUGUGCCGUUCGGCUGACCAGGCACGACCGGCAGACAAACGGGCCCCGUGUGCUCAUGUCGGAGAAGAAUGAGCUUGUCGGCCUCAUCGUUGGGAAGGCAUUGGGGGGCGGCGAGUUGUGCUGGUAA